AUGGCAUUUGAAACAUUACCACAGACAAGCUCAAAAAAACGUCGAAUUAUGAUUAUAACUGGCGAUGAAAGUAUAAUUGAACAAAUUCAAAAUAAUAGUAAUCUAUCAUUAAUUAAAUCAGUUAUCAUUGAAUCGAAAGAUAAUGAUAAUGAAUUUUCUUAUUCAUCACUAAAAGAAAAAAAACAAAUACUAAAUCAGAGAAGACCAAAACAUGGUUCAUUAACUUGUGUUAUUUGUGGUUCACCAGCACUUGGAUAUAAUUUUGAUGCAAUUACAUGUGAAAGUUGUAAAGCAUUUUUUCGUCGUAAUGCUCUAAAAAAUCCCACAACAUUACAAUGUAGACGUAAAGGUGGUUGUGAGAUAACACUCGAAACACGACGACGUUGUUCAGCAUGUCGUCUAAUGAAAUGUUUUAAUAAUGGAAUGAAACCUGAACGAUUACAAAGAGCUGAAGAAAAAGCAGCAAAACGUUGUAUAAUAGAACAAAAUCGAAUUUUAACAUUACAAAAACAUGUGAUGAAUGAUGAAAUACAUCAAGUAUUACCAUCGACAUCUAUCGAUAAUUUGUCGACAUCAAAAGAAACAAAUCUUCUUCAUCUAACCGAUUUUACUCAAUUUCAAUCACAAACACUAUCACAAGCACGACGAACAUUACUUACUAACGAGGAUUUACGUCGUGUAGAAACUAUUCAAAAUUCAUAUAAACGACGUAUUGAACUCGCUGCUCGUGAAGGUCUCCCAUGGGAUCCAUCUGUAUAUGCAACAACUCUUUUACAACAUAUAAAUUCUCGUUCAGUACCAAUAAUGCGUCUUUUAACAUUUUUCAAACAAAUACCUGAAUUUAAUCAAUUAAAUGUUGAUGAUAAAGUUACUUUAAUUAAAUAUAAUCUUUUACCAUUGAAUAUUCUUAAUAGUACAUUAUCAUAUAAAACAGAAACCGAUGAAGUUAUGGAAACUGAUUCUGAUGUACCAUGGAAUUCAAGUGUAAUACAAAAAUUUCAUGGAAAUGAAAUAUAUUUGCGAAUAAAAAAAAUUUUUAAUUCAUUUGUACGUAUUGCACAAUAUGAUCAAAGAAUAAUUCAAUUAGCACUUAUUAUACUCAUAUUAACAAAAGGUUUUUCAACAGAUUCGGAUUUUGAUGAACCAAUUCUUAAUGAUGGUAUGGCUGUAUAUCGUGCACAAAAUUAUUAUACAGAAUUAUUAUGGAAAUAUAUGGAAACAACACAUGGUUUUGAAAAAUCUACAUAUAUAUUUAUUGAACUUGUUGUUCAUUUUAUAUCUUGGCAAACACUUGAAAAACAAUUACGACUUAAUCUACGAAAAGUAUUAUCACCAACAGAUAUGAAUGAAUUAUUACCAAUAAUGAGAUCAUUAUUACAUAUGUCAUAA